ACCUUCCACCGGUCAUUCUCAGGCUCUUCUCUAGAUGCCAAUGUUGUGCUUGGCGCCAAAGAUCAUACUCUGUUCCAUAUCCACUCAUGGACGCUCAAAAUGACAUCGGGCUGGUUCCGAUCCCUCUUUUCCAUGCCUCAACAAAACCCUCUUCCUAAUCACCCCGAGUUCAUCAAUCUAGAUGAGGACUCGCACACACUAGAGAGUCUCCUGCUUAUGCUCUGUGGUCUGCCAGUCAAUCCACUCACAUCGUAUGACGAGGUUGAUGCAUUGUUAUUCGCUGCAGAAAAAUACGAAAUGCCAGGGCCUAUCUCCCUCAUACGCGUGCUCAUCAUGACACCCCCGCUCCUAGACCAGCCUCUGCAUCUGUAUGCAGCCGCAACCCGUUGUGGAUGGAAAGAAGAGGCCAGACAUGCAUCCGUGCAGUUGCUUGCUCUCAACAUCUACACACAGGAACAUCAACCUAUCCUCAGAAAGCUGCACAUGGGCGCUGUGCUUGACCUGAUGAACUUGCAUCACAAUCGACGCGAGGGCAUUCGCCAACGACUCAAUGAGCGGCCGUUCGUGACAAGAAGCACGACAGCAUCUUGCCCGAGGUGCAGAUGGAAGGUUGAUCAUCGUACGUGGAGAGAGCUCAAGUAUAGAGUCGUGAUGGAGAUGGAUGUACGACAGCUAGGAGACAUGGUCGUCGAUGUGGGAUUGACCGGUUGGCCUGAGGCGAUUGCU